AUGGCAAGUAACUUAAAAAUGCUUGACAUUUCAUCCACUAAAAUACGGGAGCUACCUGAUGAAAUUAGGACGUUAAAGAAGCUGGAAAUUAUAGAUGCACAUUGUUCUAGAUUGACAGGAAUUCGAAGCCUACCAACAAGCAUUCGUACCCUUCACUUAGGAAACUGUGAUGAUGUCGAAGCAUUGCCAGAGCUUCCCUCAAGUUUACAAUUUCUGCAUGUAGAGUUGUGGGGAUUGCAUGUUACCCCUAAUCUUGUAAAUCUAGUUAAUCUACAAUCCCUGCGGUGUUAUCAGAUUCCUGACAACAUGAAUCAGAUAAUUUUAAGUGAUAUUGCUAAAUCAUCCAAAUUGCAGAGGUUGGACUUUGGAUGGAGCAAUAUUAUGACCCUACCGAAAGAGAUUGAUGCCCUUUCUUAG